UGAACAUUUUGAAGGUACUAUAUACAGUGUUCGCGACAGGACAGACAGGAUACAUUUGGAUCUGGACGUAUGAAAAAAUGGAAUGGUUCCACUCUCAGGAUGUGGUGUUGUGUAGUGGACUAAAGGAAAGCUAUGUUAAAGGGGAUUGUACAUUUCCAUUAUUACAAUUCAGCCUUGGAAAUGCGUUGAAACGAGCAGCGAAGAAAACCCCUGACAACGUUGCAGUUAUAUAUGCAGACUCUGAUGUUCAUGUUACAUUCAGUGAGCUGUCACAUCAGGUGAAAAUGUUGGCAAAGGGUUUGCUUGCCCAAGGUGUUACCAAAGGUGAUGUUAUCCUUGUCAGUUGCGGCCAUGGGACAGACUUCGCCACCCUCUUCUACGCCAUCGUCAGCAUUGGUGCCGUAUUUUUGAUGCCUUACAUGUACGAACCACAACAUAUAUCUCUGAAACAGAUCAUAAAUAAAGUAAACGCAAAGAUGCUUAUCAUAAAUGAGCGAAACACGUCACUGACUGAAGCGCUGAAGACAAUCGCUCCAAAUAUGCUUGUAAGAAGUGGAAGUGUGAACACAUUUGACCAUAUGCCUGAAGUUCCUUCACUCUGUGCAGUAGUUGUAUAUGGUUGUAAUGGAGACAAGGGAUUGCGUGAUAUUUUUGCAGAGACCAGUACAACUGAUAAGCAAUUGUCAGUAGUCCAAAAUAUGGUCUCACCCGAGGAUCCUUGUAUAGUUUUCAUAUCUACUGGAACAACUGGAGAACCAAAGGCAGUGCUGCAUGGACAUAGGAGUAUGGUGAACACAUCUUACAGUCUCCAUCACCGUAGAAAUGCACAAGGGAGGGUUGUAUUGGGUAUAGAGAAUCCCUUGGAUGAUGACGUGCUGAGCGUUAUGGGUAUAAUCUCCGCGACAGUUAACAGCGAUGUUACUUGUGUUGUAACUCCUGUCAAUAAGCAAUGUGAAGGAGCUAUAAGUGACGUGAUCGUUGACGCCAUUGAGAAGUAUAGUAUAACACACGCAGACCUUUUGCCUUACAUGUGGAAGGAUAUGAUACUUCAUGGUUCAAUAGAUGGGCAUGGCCUGUCAAGACUGAAAGGGGGAUUUACGGGUUCUCAGGCAUUAGGCGUUGAAUCAGUGAAAUCAUUUACAGCACUUGUUCCUGAAUUCAUGAAUGUAUAUGGGUCAACAGAGACAAGCAUUGUCACUGCAAACUUUAAAGACGAUCCUUUAAUGGAGAGGAGGUUGGGGUCCAUUGGAUUUCCAGUUGCGCGUGUAGAGGUAAAGCUUAUAGACGACCAACAUAACGUAGUUCCCAUUGGGGAACCCGGAGAGCUUUGUACGCGGUCACCCUUUAUCUUCAUUGAGUACAUGGGUGAACCUGAGAGAACGAGAACAGUAAAGGAUGAAGACGGUUGGUACAGAACUGGUGAUGUUGCGAGAAUGGAUCAGAAUGGGUUCCUUUAUUUCAUUGGGCGAAAAGCUGAUAAUAUAAGAUUCAAGAAGAUGGGCGACGUUAUCUAUCCAGGCGUAAUUGAGGCCGCAGCUCUUAAGCACAACAAAGUAGCAGAGGCACAGUGUGUGGGCAUUAAGAACGAUGAUGAUUGUAUUGGGGAUGACGUUUUUCUCUGUAUUAUCCUUAAACCAGGCGAGGAUAUGAAAGAGGAUGAAAUGGAAGAGCAUUGUCAGGUGGAACUGAUAAAGCGAGAUCAGCCGGACCAUAUCUUCAUCAUGGGUGCUUUUCCACGCGUUGGAAUCAGGAAGAAGGUAUCUAAGGCUAAAUUGAGAGAGAUUUGUCAGAA